AUGGCUGCGGAUGAUUCUUCAAAGACCAACCCGUUGGAGGAUAUUCGUCCUGGGAGCCAGCGAACACUUACCCCUUCGGACAAUGGGACUGGUACGGCCCAGGAGCGGGAUGAGGAGAAGGCUACCGAAGGACAAGACAUUGUUCAGCCGCAUGAUCCCAACGCUGUUGGUUGGGAUGGACCUGAUGAUCCCAACAACCCUAUGAAUUGGACGUCCAAGAAGAAGUGGUCUUGUAUUGGAUCCCUGUCACUCAUGACUCUUCUAACACCACUCGGAUCAUCCAUGUUCGCCCCCGGUGUCCCUGACAUUAUGCGCGAGUUCGAAACCUCAAACCGCAACGUUGCCACCUUUGUCGUCUCCGUAUACGUCCUCGGCUUCGCCUUCGGUCCUCUUCUCGCCGCACCUCUAAGCGAGAUCUAUGGUCGUGCCAUCAUCUUCAAUAUAUCCAACGUUCUCUUCCUCGUCAUGACCAUUGCCACAGCCUUGAGUCAGAACAUGCCAAUGCUCAUCGUCUUUCGCUUCCUGAUGGGCUUCUUUGGUUCCACGCCCAUCACCAACGGUAGCGGCACCAUCUCUGAUAUCUUUCCUGUGCAGGAUAGAGGUAAGGCUAUGGCUAUCUGGGCUAUGGGUCCGUUACUUGGACCAUGUAUUGGACCCCUCGCUGGUGGGUACAUGAUUGAGGCUGUCGGAUGGCGAUGGGUGUUUUGGCUGAUUGCUAUUCUUACUGGCGUCAUGGCCACCAUCUGUUACUUUGGUGCACCGGAAACAUACGCAACUAUCCUCCUCCGCAGAAAGGCAAACAAGCUAAAGAAGGAGACUGGUAACCAAGACUUGUAUUCCGUUCUCGACACCGUCGGUGUCACAGCCAAGCAACGCUUCCGCGGCGCCAUCAUCCGACCCAUGAAGCUUCUCAUCACUCACCCUCCUGUUUUCAUCCUCUCACUCUACGUCGCCAUGGUCUACGGUGUGCUGUACCUCAUGUUCAGCACCUUUACCUUUGUGUUCGCCAUGCAGUAUGGUUUUGGUACAGGAACAGUCGGUCUGGCCUAUCUCCCCACUGGUAUCGGCAUGCUUCUCGGAACAAUGAUAUUUGGAGGUUUGACAGAUGUUGUUGUCAAGAAGAAGAUUGCACAGAACGGAAAGACUGUCCCUGAGGAUCGAUUGCAGGUCUGGAUGACAUUGCCUUCGGGUUUACUGAUUGUUGCGUCAUUGUUUUGGUACGGUUGGUCGACUGAGCAGCACACACAUUGGAUUGUACCUAUGAUUGGCGUUGCGUUGUUCUGCUUUGGCCUUAUGGGUAUCAUGAUGUGUUUACAAACAUACCUCGUUGACGCAUACAUCUCGUACGCUGCUUCAGUUGUCGCGGCGCAGACGGUCCUUCGAUCUCUUGCUGGCGCUCUCCUCCCUCUGGCUGGUUUGUCCAUGUAUGACGAUCUUGGUCUUGGUUGGGGGAACAGUAUACUGGCUUUUCUAGCUCUGGUACUUGCACCAGUGCCCGUUAUCUUUUACUUUUAUGGACCCAAAAUCCGAUCAAAGGUUCCCAAUAAUCUUGAGUAG